AUGGCCAGCCAAUACAAUGGAACAACCGGCACUGCCGAUGCCGGGUACUCGACCAAUGUCCAUGAUCUGAACAUUUUCUACGACACGGGUAAUCUGACCUUCCUGACCAUGUCGUCGGUCCUCGUGCUUCUCAUGAUCCCCGGCGUGGGCUUCUUCUACAGCGGCCUCGCGAGAAGAAAGUCGGCUCUCCAGCUCGUCCUCCUCUCCAUGCUCUCCGUGGCCGUCAUCGGCUUCCAGUGGUUCUUUUGGGGAUACUCGUUGACCUUUGCGCGGACCGGAAACGCCUUCUUGGGCGACCUCAGCCAGUUUGGCCUGAUGAAGACGCUCGCCCAGCCAAACGGCUCGGCUUUCCUCCCCGACAUCCUCCUCUGCCUGUACCAGGGCAUGUUUGCAGCCAUUACGCCAGCUCUCGCCAUCGGCGCCGUCGCCGACCGCGGCCGCAUGCUCCCGGCCAUCGUCUUCAUCUUCAUCUGGUCCACGGUCGUGUACGACCCCAUCGCCUACUGGACGUGGAACCCAAACGGCUGGCUGUACAAGCUGCCGGCGUACGACUUCGCAGGCGGCGGCCCCGUGCACAUCGCCUCGGGCAGCUGCGCGCUCGCGUACAGCGUCAUGCUCGGCAAGCGAACGGGCUACUCCAAGACGCACGGCCUGCCCUACCGGCCUCACAGCGUGACAAACGUCGUCCUCGGCACCGUCUUCCUCUGGGUCGGCUGGUUCGGCUUCAACGGCGGCUCCGCGCUGGCCAUGAACCUCCGCGCCGUCAUGGCCUGCUACGUGACCAACCUGGCCGCCUCGUGCGGCGGCAUCGUCUGGGUCCUCCUCGACUACCGCCUCGAGAGGAAAUGGAGCACCAUCGGCUUCUGCUCCGGCGCCAUCUCGGGCCUCGUCGCCAUCACCCCCGCCGCCGGCUUCGUCUCCCCCUGGGCCGCCCUCGUCGUCGGCCUCCUCGGCGGCGCCUGCUGCAACCUCGCCACCAAGCUCAAGUUCCUGGCCGGCGUCGACGACGCCCUCGACAUCUUUGCCGUCCACGGCGUCGGCGGCAUGGUCGGCAACGUCCUCACCGGCAUCUUUGGCGCGUUAACCCGCCCCCCGUCCAGAUCCUACAUUGCCGGCCUCGACGGCACCGCCUACCCGGCCAUCGGCUGGAUCCAGCACAACUGGGUCCAGCUAGGCUACCAGCUCGCCGCCAUCUGCGCAGCAUUCGGCUGGUCCUUCGCGCUGACCUGCACCAUCCUGUUCCUCAUGAACCUCGUCCCCGGCCUGAGCCUACGCGUCUCCGCCACCGAGGAAGACGUCGGCAUCGACGACGCCCAGCUCGGCGAAUUCGCCUACGACUACGUCGAGUCGACCCGUCACGUGGCCGACGCCGCGUCCCCGGGAUCCAUGUCCUCCAGCAGUUGUGGUUCUACCCACGAGAAGACCUCUCCGGGGUUUAUCUGA